CUGCUGCCAGUCCUCACACACUUCCCUCCUCGGAUCGCUCUGACGCAGGAGUCCUCAGGAAGGAUUUGAUCUAAAAAACUGACUGGACCAGAGUUCUUUUUUCUUCUUCUUCUUUUUUUUAAACAGCAUUUAGUUUCCUGUCCAACAACAUGUGUACUGGAAAAUGUUCCCGCUUCAUUGCUGUAACUCUGUACCCCCUGGCUCUCAUAUCCAUCAUCUGUAACAUUGUGCUGUUUUUCCCCGGUGGGGACGUCAAGUAUGCCAAAGAUGGACAUAUCACUGAGGAGGUGAAAUACAUGGGGGGACUCAUUGGAGGGGGUCUCAUGGUGUUGUUGCCGGCGCUCUACAUCCACUUGUCGGGGAAACAGGGCUGCUGUGGGAAUCGCUGUGGGAUGUUCUUAUCAAUUGCAUUCGCUGCAGUCGGAGUGGCCGGUGCCCUGUACAGUUUCAUCGUGGCGGUGCUCGGUUUGCAGAACGGGCCCCUGUGCAAAGUCCUCCUGAUUUGGACGACACCUUUUAAAGACAGUGACCGGAGUUACCUGACUGAUGAUGCGUGGUGGAAAUCCUGCAUAGAGCCCAAGGACAUUGUGCAGUUCAACAUUGGAUUGUUCGCUACGCUGCUGGCCACCAGCUGUCUGCAGCUCAUCCUCUGUGCCAUCCAGAUGAUCAACGGGCUCUUUGGCUGCCUGUGUGGAGCCUGCGUCGACAAAGGGCCACUGUGAGUUCCUGUCAGUCGAGUGGUGCCCCCUGCUGGAAGACUGAGGAGCGUCUUCCCGGCUGCAUCUGCAUAAAUUAUUCACUUAGAAAAUUGUAGUCAUCUCUAUUUGACAACAGCUUCUUUUUUUAAAGACAUUUUUGUGUGUGUGUGUAUAUGAUGCCUUAUACUUAACUUACUCACUGUACUUAACCAAUGCACAAAUCAGAAACUUAGUUAAUUUAUCAAGGUAUGUUGUGAAAAUAGUAUAAGAAAUAAUCUGUUUCACCUAUAUGGUCUUUUUAAAAAAUAUAUAAAUUGGUUUGAAAAAAUAAA